AUGAUUGCCAGUUACAUGUACCAUGGAAGCUAUGAACCAUUUGAGCUGCCUCCUGAGGUUACCACAUCCAAUGUCAAAAGGAUGAUUGUGAGUCAUAAAAAGGUGAUUUUAUUCAAAAUCGAAGCUAAAAACCGAUGCUACAUCUUGCCAUCCACCAUGUCAAAGGAAAUCGCCUUCUCCAAAUUCUCAUUUGUAAACUCCGCACUCACCAAAGAGCUCCUUCUUGAUGUCGCCGACUAUGAAGGCGUUGAAUUCUGUGGAUCAACACCAGCCUACAUCCUGGAAAAGUCAACACCUCACCAGUAG